AUGAGCAAUUCAAAGGGAAAGAAGAACAAGAAAGAGACGACGAAGAAGAAGGCCAAGGGAUCAAGAGACUAUCAACAGAAAGACCUGGGUCUCAUUGAUCAAUAUGCAUUGUGCGAUGCGAUGAGAUACAUCCGUGCUUUCGAAGUCGGACGCGAUCGCGAGCGAUCAAAGUACGAGAUUCAUAUUCGAUUAAAAUCAAGAAAAGACGGUCCAGUCAUCCGUAACAUGGUCCGAUUCCCCCACGCCGUACAGACCGAGUCCAGAAUCUGCGUUAUUGCGCCUCCAGGAUCCAAAGCCGCAAAGGAGKCUCUUGAGGCCGGUGCUUCAAUUGUCGGAGAUAAGGAAAUCUUUGAGGACAUCAAGAAAGGAAUCAUCGAAUUUGAACGGUGUAUAUGUCACACGGAUAGCCUCGAUGCUUUGAAUAAAGCUGGAUUGGGUCGAAUUCUUGGUCCCAAAGGGCUCAUGCCUAGUGUCAAGACCGGUACUGUUGUGGACGACGUUGGUAUUCGUGUGCAGAUGCUUCGAGGUGGUACCGUUUAUCGUGAGCGAGAUGCAGUCAUCCGCAUGCCCAUCGGACAAUUGGGCUUCUCUCCAGAACAACUUCGUGACAAUUUGCGAGCCGCUUUGGAACAGAUUAAGAAAGAUGCCAUUCAAUUGAGUGACCGUGUUCCGAAGGAGGUUUAUGAAAUUGUCUUGAGCUCAACAAACGGACCCGGCUUCAGUCUCAACGGAGACUACAAAUCCGAUAAAUCCCCCGAACCAACCUAUUUGGCUGGAUUGUAA